GACUCGCCUCUUCUUCGACAUUGAUGCCCACAUGCAUGAAGAGUACAGGGAGAAGGUCGUGGCACCGCUGAGUCCCAAAAACCAGCGAUAUGAAAGCAUGCCGCUCAACAGGCCGCGAAUCGCUGUGGAUUUCCCAGAAUUCUUGAUCCUCAUGCAGAUGCUGCUGGACAAGAAUGCCUGCCGAAUCAAGGAGCAGAGCAAGCUCAUCGCUGACCUCGGGCAACGUAACUCCGUGCCGCAGGUUCAGGUUCGUCGACCUUCGCUGCGGUUACACUGA